AUGGAUAACUUCGAGUACAGCAUCCAGCUGAACGACAGGGAGUGGGCCGAGUUCCUGCUGGCGUCGGAGGAAUGCGCCUUAGCGCCGGCCGCGCUGGCCACGGCCGAGGAGCAGAGCCUCAGUGACAUUGAGCAAGGGGACGGCGCGGCGCCGGGGAGCAGCGCCGGGCACAGCGCGGCCGGGCCGGGCACAGGGCCAGGGGCUGGCACACGCCGCCCCGUCACACGCGGGGAGCCCGCGGCCGCCUCCCCGAGCCGCCACAACGCCGGCCGCCUCGCCCCGGGCCGCGACGGCCAAGCGGAGCCGGGCCGGGCCGGCGGCUCGCCGGGGGAAGCCGAGGAGCCCCGGCGGCCUUCGUGUGCUCCGAUGCCCAGCACGCAGCGGAGGCGGCCCCCGACGCCCCCCGCGGCCGCCCUUGCCGGGGGCACAGCCGCCAGCGGCCCCGCGCGGGACGAGGCGGCGGGUGGCAAGCGGGCCAUGGAGCCUGCCGGCAGCCCGGCUGCGAGCGGCGGCCCCGAGCGGGGCCGGCACGCAGCAGGGGACGAGCCCCGAGGCGGCACGGGGCCGGAGGAGCCGGGGAGCUCGGCGGCGGCGGCUGCGAGGACGGGCCCCGGCAGCGCUGCCCAGCCCCAGCACGGGGGUACCCCCAGGGAGCCCCCCGAGAGCCUGACCACGGACACUGCGCCGGGACUGCGGCAGGAGGCGAGUGGGGAGCGCGGGGGCAGCGAGCCCAGCGUGCCAGUGGGCUCCUCCGUGGGCCCCUCCGUGGGCUCCUCCGUGGGCCCCUCCGUGGGCUCCUCAGUGGGCUCCACCAUGGGCCCCUCCGUGGGCUCCUCCGUGGGCUCCACCAUGGGCCCCUCCGUGGGCUCCUCCGUGGGCUCCCCACUGGGCUCCCCACUGGGCUCCCCAGACGUGGUGAGGCCCAAGGUGCCGGCACAGCCCAGGAGGAGCCGCAAGCAGCGCGGAGCCGGCGCGGCGGAGGCAGCCCAGGGGGACAGGGAGCAGGCAGGGGCUGCGGCACAGAGGGCUGCAGCACCCACAAAGGCACCUCAGAGCUCCCCGACGCCCUCCCGAAAGAGCAAAGGGAAAGAGAAGGCGGCCAAGGCAGCUCCUGUGAAGAUGGGGAGCGAGGAGGCGAAGGAGAGCAAAGCGGUGCCCGGCCCUGGCGUGGAUGAGGGCGAUGAGGCUGUCAGCUCCUCCCCAAAGCUGAAGGUGAAGGAGGCAGAGCCACAGCCCCUGGGGAAGGCAAAGGCCGCCAAGCAGACGAAGGCAGGGCAGGCUGGUGGCUCGGGAGGACGUGACAAUGUGCUGGGGGCCGGGGCUCCUGCAGGCCAGCCGUGCCAGGAGAUGCCCACAAAGCCUCUCCAUCCCCAGAGCGUGGGGGCUUUGGGAGGGGAUGCUGCUGGGGAGCCUGCAGCUGAGCCCCCCGGGAAGCCUGACCCUCCUUGCUGUGCAGCUGGAGCCUCUGCAAGGGCAGACACCCUGGAUGUGACUUGGCCAGAGAUGUAUGAGUAUUUGUUCUGUGACUCCCAAGGGGAAGAAGAAGAAGGGACAGAGAACUCAGUGGAAGGGGAGAAAACACCCUUGGAAAGGGAAAUGUCCUUGCCUGAACUAUAUGAGUAUUUUUUCAAUGAACCAGAAGGAAAGAGGAGAAAAGGCAAGGGUAAAGACAGGGAGAGAAAGAAGCUCAGCAGCUUGGACCGUGCUGAGCCGCAACAGGAGGAUCCUGCCUCGGCCCCAGUCAAAGGCUCGCUGGUUAUCUCGGUCCCUGAGGUGUAUGAACACUUCUUUCCAGAUGGGCCUAGGAACAGGGCAGGAUGGAGAGGGAUUUUCUCAGUCACACCAGCCUCUGAGGUGAAGAGAGCUGUGGGGGCUUUGAAGUCCCUGCUGCAAAGGCACGUGCUCAGGAGCCAAGAGCCAGCCCCCCAGGCUCUUGUGCGCAGAGAAUCUGGAGGGAAGCUGCCCCUCGUGCCACUGGCUCCGCUGGGAAGAGGCCAGGCACAGCCCCAGGGUCUGGACAUGGCCCUGGCACUCACAGGGAGGCCCGAGGCCCCGCUGGCGCUGACCCACAAAGACAUGUGCCUCGUCUUCUGUGCCUUUGCAUCCUGGGCUGUGAAGACCUCCGACCUGCAGGCUCCAGAUGCCUGGAAGACCAUGUUCCUGGCAAGCUUUGGCACGCUGUCUGCCAUCCGCUACUUCAGAAGGCAGGUGAGGGAAGGACACCCCCAGCCUUAGCCUCAGCACAUGCACCAGAUGCUUCCCAACACAGGACAGGAUGGUGGAGGCAGAAGCUGAGGACUUUUGUUCUUGGGCUGGAUCCCAGCACCAAGACUUGUCUGGAGCCAUCCCUGCAGGGGACAGGAUGUCACAGGGAGCAGGAUCCUUCCAGUGACAGUCAUGGACGACACGGUAGGCAGUUUGUACCUGCACUGGGCAGAAGAGGAGCCUGCUGGGGGCUGCUUCUGUUCUUUCUUUGCACAUUUCUUACUUGUGCUGUCUCCUAGGAGUAGUCACAGUGUCUGUCCUCCCUGCUGGAGUUACCUGAUGGCAAAAGAGGGAGGAGAGAGCAAAAGCAAGCAGGAAAGUGCUUUGUUCCAACGAAGGGGUUGGGAGGUAUCUGUGAAGGAAAAGAGGAGAGAGCUUUGGGGAAGAGCUGUCUCUGCACAACCAUGGUGCUUUGCUAAGCAUGUGCUGGCUGUGCCUGGAGAGCUGGGCAGCAGCUGAAGGUGGAUGGAGGUGCCACUGACUUGGCGAGGCCCAAGAUCUCCUGUGACCCACUGAGCUUGCUGCAGGAGGAUUUCACUCCAAGAAGUCAGGGCUCUCACGGUUCAGGAGGCUGAGAUGGGGUUUCAGUUGCAGAGCCAGAGCUGAGGAUGUUGUAUCUGUGGCUGUGGGUGAGGAGCACCCACUGCAAGGACACAUCUCCCUUCCAUGGGCAGAGAUGGGCAAGUGUCAGGCACUCUGAGGCAGGGGAAGGGGCAGCCAGGAGGCUGUAUGGGAUGGAAAGGGGCUGCAGGGGCAGCAGGGCAAGGGGCUGAGCUCAGAGAGGCUUCAGGAAAGAGCCCUGAUGAGGACAGGAGCGUGCUGGAGAGAAGAGUACAUGAACAUGUUUGCCUCUGUCAUCAGAUAAAGAGUCUGGAUACAUGACCUGGUCCCUCCACUGCCUCCCAUCCUAGAGACAUGUUGGCUGGGAGGUGUGGAGUGAGGGGCUGAGUGAGUAACCUGGAGGGGACCCAGAACAGAAGGUGGGCUGAAAAAUGAGAAGGAAGUGGUUUGGGUUUUCCCCUGUCUCUAGAACCUUCCUGAUCACUCAAGGGCAUUAUUCAUGAGGGUUUUUCUUCACUCCCAAGCCUGAUAACAGCACGGAUGUGAGAUUUGUUAAGCACUGAGGGACCAGAUCCAUGAAGGUACUGGAGCAAAUACCUGUGUGGAUCUACCUAUGAGCUUUACAGGAACACUGUGACAACGUUGUCCCCUGAAACCAGACAGGAGAGGUUUAGCCCUUCCCUUGCCAUGCAGAGUGCCAUGCAGUUUUAAUGUGUGUGGGGUUGUACUUGAGACCAUGUGUUGUUGCUGAGAAGAGAGCAACACUGUACAAUUGUACAGUGAGACAGGCAGCAGUUAAGAGCAAGAGAGGGAGAUGUACAGGCUCUAUAUGGACUAUAGCAGCUGUAUGUCCAGUAAGAAGGGUUUUGUGGAAGAGGAGAACAGCUGAAAUGUGCU